UCGCGAUAUGUCUACGGGGCUCCGUUAUAGCAGAAGAGGCGCCUGUAAAAGCAACAACAACAACAUCAACAUAUAGGGACUUUUGCAAAUUUCCAUUGCAAGAAUGUCGAAGAUGGGAAGAUAGUACAAAGUCAUUUUGAUCAGAAUAGUCGUGAUUCUGGCUCUUGACGGAUAUCUCUUGAGUGGCAUAGUAUGACCCAGUACCCAACACAGACUAGUCGCUCUAACUUUUACACUGUCGUGAAAGCCGAAGCCUCUUCAACACCACCCCUCUCCACCAACAUGGCUAGCAGUACAGUCGCUCCAGGCAAAGUUCCAGGCACCCCUGGGCCAGCAGGGAGACUAAGUCCUGAAGGAACUCAGGUGCUUAGUAAGAAGAAGCUGCAGGAUCUUGUGCGAGAAAUUGACCCUAAUGAGCAACUCGAUGAGGAUGUGGAGGAGAUGCUCUUGCAAAUUGCUGAUGACUUCAUUGAGAGUGUGGUGACUGCUGCGUGCCAGCUUGCCCGACACAGAAAAUCAAACACUCUUGAAGUGAAGGAUGUCCAGCUGCACCUUGAACGACAGUGGAACAUGUGGAUUCCUGGCUUUGGCUCAGAUGAGAUCCGGCCAUAUAAGAAGGCAUGCACCACAGAAGCCCACAAACAGAGAAUGGCAUUGAUCCGCAAAACAACCAAAAAGUAGCAAGAUCUGGAGCAUCAAAUGUUUUGUUUUUUUUACAUUUUACUCCUGCAAGUUUUGGAAGUGGGGUGGGUUUAAACCUAUAAAUAUUAUGUUAAUCAAAGGGCAGAAUGUUUACAGUACAGGUCUGUUGACAGAUCACGCAUUUGAAAAGUGCAGGUAUUUCUAUAAUUCGACUGUGCGAAUAUGCGUUAGAAACACCAUGUGAGCAUUUUAUUGUGUAACUUUUCGGGUCUCUGGCUUGGUGCUAUAUUGGGGUGUUUAUUAUAUGGUAGGGAUCUCACAGACUCUUUUAUUGUUUUCCCACAAACCACAUUUUCAAUUAUUGUAAAUAUAUGGCUGAAUAGUCAGAUAAGUCACACAACCUUUGCUCAGCUCUAGCUGUCCACCUGUGACAAUUACCAUGUGUCUUCUGUUUUGUUUAUAGUGUUCAGUGUUACAGAACGUGUCGUUUAAGGAAUACUUAAUAGAAUAGAACAAGAAAUGCAAUGUGUGACUUUCUAAAGGUAAAGAGUAAUUUUUACCAAAUAAAUACCACUUGUAAUCAAUUGCAUUGGAUGGGAAAUUGGAUUUCUGAACUAGUGACCAUGAAAAGUUUCAUCAGUUAGCAGGGAUUAUAUAUUUGUGAAGUGUUUGGGCAAUGGUGUCACUGCUGUAGGUUUGGAGGGGGAGGGAGGUGGUAUUGCAGAUCUCUGUGGGGUUUGGUAUAAACUGAAUUUAGUUUUGGUCGU